GGAUAGGUGCAGGGGCCUUCGGGGGGGCAGGUUGUGGGACUUGUAGGUGUACCUAUGUAGUAAAAUAUUUCAAUUAAUAAACUCAUUACAGAAAUAUUAAAAAUUUAUGAAGCAUGCUAUUUUUAUGAUUACAUCUUUAUGUAAUUAUGGAAAUGUAUGUAAUAAUAAUUAAUUCUUAUUUGAAACUAAGACAACAUUCACCCGCACGUCUCAGAAAUGUACACAUUUAUUGUGCUCGCUUCCUUGUCCGUAAUUUCAUGUUAUGUGUCAGGAAACUCUACUACAGACUUUCCAGAUAAGUCAAUAUUACGAUAUGGUUUCCAAAAUACGCAAGAAUGUCAAGAUUAUGAAAAGGCUUUUCUUUGCGUACAGAAAUGCCAAGACUUAAACUACAAUAGCGCCUUAUCCGAUAAACAUUGCAAAUGCACAUGUUAUUCGAAGCCAGAACUUCUAAAACAUAAAAUCAAAUAUAAUACUACAAGAAACGAUUGGAAAUCUGGUGCUCCGACUACAAAAUUACCAAUUUGGGCACAAACAACAAAUACUGACAAAAAUAAUAUAAUUGAUGACGAUGAUGAUGACCAUACCACUGACGAUGUGAGUAAGGAAAUUAUAAGUCCAAAUGAAAACGAGUCAUCAGGAACACAUUCAUCUGAGAACGCAAUCACGACUGAGGGUCAAGACGAUAAUACAGUCGAUAAUAGUUCAACCCCAGCUAGCAGUGAUGUCGCAUCUAACUCUACUGAUGCUAAUAAUACUGUAAAUGAUGAAACUGAAAAUAUUAACGCAACCGUCAAUACUGGCGAUACUCCCGAGGCUGAUAAAGGUGACGAAACAUCGAAUGCUCCUAAUGAAGCAACUGCUGAAACUGCCGUAAAAGAAUCAGAAACAAAAUAACGGUAACCUUUCACCCUUGCAGCUUCCUCUAAAAAUCGGAAAGUUAUAUAAUUACACCUACAUAUUGGUUCUGUUUUGAGAAAUACAUAAUACAUUAAAACAUUAGAAA